AUGUUAGAAGACAAGUAUGUGGACCGUUGCUUGGUGUGCGUGAAGUGGGAUGAAUUGGUGCUGAUAAACGCUUGGCAGAUACAUAGGAUUGGCAUUGGCCAUCACGAGUACGAUUGCGAUAGGAACAAGUUUUGUUAUUACGAAGAAGGUACGCACACCAUCUACGAGAUCAAGGGUUGGUAUAAGGGCAAUGCUGAUGAAAAUAGGGUCUCAUACAAGCAGAAGAGCGCCAUGGCUUUGAAGGAGAUGGCUUCACAUACCUCAAAAGCCCCAUAUGUCAUCAUCGGCGAAAUCGCAAACUUCGCAGCCUACGCCUUCGCGCCCGCAAUCCUCGUAACACCACUCGGCGCACUCAGUGUACUGAUCGGAGCAGUCCUCGGCUCGUAUUUCUUGCACGAGGAGCUGGGAAUACUGGGGAAGCUGGGGUGCGCGAUAUGUCUGAUUGGGAGUGUAAUCAUUGUGUUGCAUGCGCCGCCGGAUCAACCGAUUGAGACUAUUGAUGAGAUCUUGCAUUAUGCGAUUCAGCCUGCAGUAGCAGUAUUCGCCGUAGUAAUGAUAUACCGCGUCGCGCCCAAAUACGGAAAACAGAACCCGCUGAUCUACCUCUCGAUAUGCUCGACUGUUGGCUCAGUUUCCGUUAUGUCCGUCAAGGCAUUCGGGAUAGCGGUGAAGUUGACGUUGGCGGGGAAAAAUCAAUUUACGCAUCCGAGUACUUAUGUGUUUAUCAUCUUGACAACAGUGUGCAUUUUGACGCAGAUGAAUUAUUUCAACAAGGCGUUGAGUCAGUUUCCUACUUCGAUAGUAAACCCCCUCUACUAUGUAUGCUUCACAACAGCCACCCUCUGUGCCUCCUUCAUCCUCUACGGCGGCUUCAACACCUCCGACGCAGUAAACACCCUCUCCCUCCUCUCCGGCUUCCUCGUAAUCUUCACGGGCGUCUACCUACUCAACCUCUCGCGCGGCGAUCCCAACGGCUCCCGAAUGAUCCACGGCACGACGCACGACGGCAUAGCCACGGACAUCAUCUCGGGUAUCCAAACCCGCCGAAGCAUGCAAGCUAGAAGGAGUGCGGAUCCAGCGUUCAUAGGCGAUCGCGAAGGCCUAAUCCAUGCAUAUGACGAAGAGAACGGACUCGGGUUGACGGAUCUAGAGGGUAGUGAUGAGGAGGAGGGGGCGGGCUUGAAUGGCAAUGGGAAGCUGUAUACGAACGGGAACGGGAAUAAUGGGUCGAAGCAUAGUUUUGGGGAUCGGAGAUCGCGGAGCGGCCAUUCUUCCAGGAGGGGAUCGCCUUUGCAGCGGUGA